AUGACUGUGGCAAUUGACAACUCAUUUCGUGGCUGGUCCUCGAACACUAACUCCGGUGCCUUAUGCCUUGAAGAUAAGUUCGAGAUCAUCAAGGACAUUGGUGAUGGCAGUUUCGGAAGUGUCGUUCUCGCAAGGACAAGAGGCGCUGGCGCUCACCUUGUACGAAGAAACACUCUGGUUGCCGUUAAGACCAUGAAGAAGACCUUCGAAUCCUUCUCGCAAUGUAUGGACCUCAGAGAAGUCAUAUUCCUCAAGUCGAUACCAGCUCAUCCCCAUCUUGUGCCGGCCUAUGAUAUAUUCCUGGACCCUCUUAGCAAGAAGUUGCACAUCGCCAUGGAGAACAUGGACGGCAACCUCUAUCAGCUGAUGAAGACCCGGGAUCACAAGCCUUUUGAUGGUACUGUUGUUAAAAGCAUCUUGUUCCAAAUCCUCGGUGGCCUGGAACACAUUCAUGAGCAUAACUUCUUCCACCGCGACAUCAAACCGGAAAACAUCCUCGUGUCUUCUUCGGCACCCGACACACAAAGCGCCUUCAAGAGAUACUCGUCGCUAGUGACUCCCCCCUCAACGCCACCAACAUAUACUAUCAAGCUGGCGGACUUCGGGCUAGCGCGUGAGACUCACUCCAUGGUUCCCUACACAACAUAUGUUUCCACGAGAUGGUAUCGCGCGCCCGAAGUACUCCUCAGAGCUGGCCAGUACUCGGCCCCGGUGGACAUCUGGGCUUUUGGUGCUAUGGCUGUCGAGAUUGCUACAUUGAAGCCUCUGUUCCCUGGUGGUAACGAAGUCGACCAAGUCUGGAGAGUCUGCGAGAUCAUGGGAAGCCCUGGUCUCUGGGUUAACAAGCAUGGUCAGAAGCUUGGAGGUGGAGAGUGGAAGGACGGUGUGCGCCUGGCUGGCAAGCUUGGAUUUUCAUUCCCGAAGAUGGCCCCUCAUCCCAUGGAAACUAUUCUUCAAGCACCACAAUGGUCCGCGAGUUUCGCUCGCUUCAUCACUUGGUGCUUGAUGUGGGAUCCCAGUGUUCGACCAACUUCGACGCAAGCUCUCCAGCACGAGUAUUUCGCAGAUGCGGUCGACCCAGUGAGACCCAAGUCUUCCAACACCGCAAAAUUCCUGCGCACCAAGAGCUCCACUCUGGGAAGCAUCGAGAACUCGCCAGAAUCAAAUCAAGGCAGCAUCUCACUCAAGAAGUCCUCCUGGUUCAGGAAGUCAAUCAGCACUGCCGAUUUUACUCCCCCUCCAGAACACACUCCUCAAGCUCCUCAUGCCCCUACAUCGCAUCCCUCCCCAAUUAACGCAAAAGUUGCAGAAGGUACUGGCUCCAUGAAACUUCGCCCUCCGUUCGCCAAGAGAGCAACAUGGAACAGUGCCGUUCCGAUACCUAUUUUGCCGUCAAUCAAGCCAGCUUCACCAAUUCACGAUGCAGUCAAUGCCAGCGCGAAGACUGAAGCUACCGAAAAGAAAAAGGUUUCAAGACAACUCUCAGUCAAUUCUCAUGGCAACCAUUACGCAGAAUAUCACCGUCAGGAAGCCGAGAAGGCGCUUAACGGCAUGAGCGGUCUUGCCUCACCUACAGGAAGCAUCAGAGAGAGCUUCUUCUCACACCUUCGCAAAAGAGCUCGUAGAUUCUCUGGUCGCAACCAAAUCCCCGGAUCACCUGGACCUGAGGAGCCCGAACCGACCAGUGUUGGAUGCGCGCCAUGGGCGUCGAGUAACCGAUCAUCACUGACGGUAGACCCACCGGCCCGCGACUCUGCUACUGACACUGGAUUCUCAGACCUUGACAAGGCCUUGGAAAGCGUUCGAUCCAGCCUUGAUGCUCGUGUCUCCAAUGCCCCGGCGCGACAAGUCCAGCGCAUGUCAAGCACGCCUAUCCUGAAGCGACACCAUUCGCUAUCCACAGUCGCUGAUGGACGCACCUCGCCUGCACUUUCAGUCAACGCACAGACUACCAGCCGAACACGGCGAUCUGUUAGGCAAUCACUGAACCCUCGUCAACAAUACGAAACCCCUGACGAAGAGGAGGAGUUACUUGACGAGGCAUUGACCAACGCGCGUCGUGCAGCAAGACGUCUUGAGAAGCCCACUCCAGCUAAGCCGUCCUCGGGCAAAGAAAACGCCAGACCACCCAUUGCGCACGUGACUUCGGACCCCGGCUAUUCGGCUCCCUACCUAACACCUUCCCCAUCCAAAGACAACAACAUUGGCUUUGGACAAACGGACAUGACGCCUACCAAAUCCAUGGUCAUCACGCCACGGAGGCAGCGGGAUAGCUUAAAUCCUCAGUGGCCCACUCCUCCAUAUGACGAUCACGAAUGGGCUUCAUCAGCUGCAGCAUCCAUUCUUGCUGUACAGACGGAGACUAGAUUCAAGUGA